AUGAAAUGUUCCGGUCGCUUGAGUUUGGAGCUGAUACAAUGCACCAACAACCAUUCAGCCCCUCUGAAUUUAUACAUCACGUGCUGGAUCCGCUACUUCGUAUCGCAUCGCCGCUUCCGCUCUAGACCCGCCCCUCGUAGGCGUAUCACUCGGUCAUCUUCCCCUCACGCAACCCCUGUUCUGUCUGUUACCGACCCCGAUCUUGCCCACUUCUCCUCAGUAUGCAGGACUCCUUCACCGCCGUCCCAUCCCCUGUUGCGUAGUCCUUCGAUACAGCUCCCCAAGUUCUCGUCGGUGACCUUCUCCGAUACCGCCCCUCGAAUUAGCUACCUCCUCUCCCCUCGCGACUUGUCCUCUGUCUUGUUUCCUUCUCCCCCCCGCACCCCCCCCCGCUUUCCCACUCCCCACCCGUACACCGCCCCAAGGCGAGCGCUCAUGUCCGUCAGCCCGCUGGGGGCUUGGUCAGUUCCCGCCAAUGCUCCCCCCGGCCGUAUCCCCCCCCCAGCGACGCCUCCCACCCGUCUCGCGAACGAUACCCAGCUUCCCGAACUUCUUUAUCUCAUGCUACGUGACCUGUUCAGCUCUUCCGGGGGUCCUCCGCACCUUCCCCGCUCCCUCGUCUUCGGCUGCUCAAACAACUCUGACCGAAGACUGCCUCUCCUGUCUGCACGCCACCCUCGACCUCUUCAGGGCAUCCCCCACCCCCCUCACUACACAGUACCUAAAUCUGUCCCAGCGGCCUUCUUCACUCUGGAGCGUUCUCAUUCAUCCUACUUGCGCACCCACUCUCCAGUGAUUCUUAACCCUUCCCACCCUCAUGUUCUCUUCCCUCCUUUUCCCCUACCGUUGCUAUUCUCACCGUUCGAUUCGUCCCAUUCGCUACCUCCUUGUUUCUCCCUUUAUGUUUGGGGUUCCACGCUCACCACUCUCGAUGGUCAUUCCAUUCGGCCUUGCGCCUCCCGUUCGCAUCCCGUACAUAUCCUUUCUCGCUUCCACGUGAAUUCCCCAGGGCCAUUUAUUAGCCUAACCCCUCACCGGCCUCUCUACAACUGUGUCCAGAAUUCCUUCCCAGGUGCACCCCGUCCUGUCCUUCCUACCGAGUCUCCCCCGCUUCCUGAGCUCAUUCAUCUCUACGGGACCCUACACACCUCGUUACCCCCCCACCGGCCCCUUCUGCCACCUGAGUCUAUCCUCUUGUGCAGCUCUUCCCUUGCUCCCCUGACCUCCCCUUUAUAG